AUGGCCGUGCCCUGGGAGGAAUAUUUCCGACUGGCCUUGCAAGAGAAAAUGCCCGAGAAGAUCCCAGAGCAAAACGUGGACCCCCUCCCACCGGUGCUGCGUCUCCUGGAGAAGAGGCAGGAGCUGGUGGAUGCCGACCGGGACCUGCAGGCCCAGAAGGAGGUGUUCCAGACCAUGAUGGCAGCCCGGAAACAGCGCUGGGAACAGUUGGAACAGAAGGAGCGGGAGCUAAAGGGGUCUUUUGUGCGCUUUGACAAGUUCUUGCAGGACACCGAGGCCCGGCGCGGCCGCGCGGUGCGGAGGGCGGCCGAGGAGCGGCUGCAGGCGAGCCGCCGGGAGGCCGAGGCGCUCCGGCUUCGGGCCCAGCUGGAGGAGCUGCGGCGGGAGCGCGCGCGGCUGCUGCGCCGGCUGGAGCGCCUGGAGCCCUGCGCGCGCCUGCUGGGCCAAGUGCUGGAGCAGCUGCCCGAGUUCCAGGAGGUCCCCGAGCUGGUGGCGCGCUUCGACGGCCUGGCCGAUAUGCAGGCGGCGCUGCGGCUCGCGGAGCGCCGGCGGCGGGCCGAGCUGGAGGAGGCGCGCGCGCGGCUGCAGCGGCUGCGGGACGCCGGGCAGGACGAGCUGCUGGGGCAGGGCCAGCGACGAGCGCAGCUGCUGGAGCGCCUGGAGGCUGCGAGGGAGCGCACGCUGCGCUGGGAAUCCAAGUGGAUUCAGAUCCAGAACACAGCGGCUGAGAAGACCCUUCUCCUGGGCCGCACCAGAAUGGCGGCGCUCAACCUGUUCCAGCUAGUGCGUCAGCACAAGAGGCAGCCCCCUGCCCUGGCCGUCGAGGACACCGAAGGGCAGCUGGAGCAGGUGAAGCUGUUCAUCCUGGACCUCUCCGCCAUGCUGGCCAAUCUUCGUCAGGCCGAGCCCACACCUGCCUCCCAGCCCUGA